GACAACUUUUGUUUUGGUUCUUGCGAAGCAGGUGUCCAGAGGAAAAAUGUCCUCUUUUUCGGAUAACAACUUUGUUAAAAAACUAGGAGAGCUGAAUAAUACACAGCAAAGUAUUCAAACAUUGUCAUUAUGGUUGAUUCAUCAUCGAAAACAUUCAAAAACAAUCGUUCAAGUAUGGCUAAGGGAAAUGCAAAAAGUGCGUCCCAGUCAAAGAUUAACCUUUAUGUACCUGGCUAAUGAUGUCAUACAAAACAGCAAAAAGAAAGGACCAGAAUUUACAAGAGACUUUGCCACCGUUUUACCAGAGGCAUACAAAAUUUCCACUAAGGAUGCAGAUGAUAAGAUUAAAAAAUCAGUGGACAGAAUCCUUGGAAUCUGGGAAGAAAGAGCCGUGUACAGCAAACACUUUAUUGAUCAAAUCCGUCUGUCUAAACCUGGAGCAACUUCUGUCUCUGACUCUGACUUGAAAUCACAACGAAAGAAAAAGGUGGAAGAAUAUGUAGUGACGCUAAAGAAGAAGGGGUUCAAAGUGCAAAAUACAGAAAAAACCACACCCCCGGCAAAGAGGAAGAAGAUGGAUGAAAUGCCCUCUCUGCGAGAAGAAAUAGAGGCAAUGCCUAAAGAUGAAAACCCUGUGGUCCCAGAUGCAGAAGAACUGGUGAAGAGAUUGGCCGAUUUAGAACAUUCAGCAUCUAGUGAUGCUGCAGUCAGAGAGAAAAUUGCAGCCCUGCCACCAGAUGUUUCUGACAUAAACCAUCUGUCCAAAAUCACUGAUAAAGAAACGGCUGUGAAAUUGUUCCGACAAGUAGAAGAUGCUUGUAUUUUGUUAUCAGAAUACAACUUCCGCCUGAAUGCAGAACUGGAAGAGAGAAAACAAGUAGGGAAGAUGUUGAGAGAUUUCCUUACAAGCCAAAAAGAUCAGGUUGUCAAAGGAGAGGAAAAACUACAGGAAUCAAAACAGAGACUGGAAAAAGUGGGUGCUGUCAGACAGGAGUUGAUGUCUCACAUUCGGAAUCUCCCAGAUCUGUCCAAACUGCCAGACAUAGAUGGGGGUUUAGCACCCCUCCCCUCAGCCGGAGAUCUUUUCUCACUAUGAUGGUGCAACCUUUACCUGUGUGUAUAAGAAAGCUGGUAUAAAUGAAGAUGAUGGACGUAAGUUCUGUUGAUGAUGGUGAAGAGAAAGGGAACAAGUUCAUACAACAAGAUGCUACACUGUGAUCAUGCCUAUUGUUAAUGAUUCCAUAUUGUAUCCUUGUUUGAAUUCAGUCAUUAUUUGCCCAGUGAUACACUAAGCUGUCGUAUCAAGGUUUAACGUAUUUGUUGAUGGAAAUUGUACACAAUUUUUUAUGUUUUGAUGUCUUGAUCUGUUAAGGAUUAUUCCCCUUUGAGAAUAUAAAUAGAGUUCAGUUUUAAUGUAUUUUAUAGUUAGUGUAGAAUGAAGGUACUUAUCACUUACAAACCUCUGAAUUCAUGUACUCCAAUGCAAAAGUUAUGAAUUAUGCAAAGUAUUGUUCAAAUUUCAGUUUAAGAAAUGUUGCCACUACUUCCUUAUAUUUCAUACCAUUGUACAUGUAAUCUGUAUAGAGAGGCAAUACAUGUUUUACAUAGAUAAUUGUAAAAAAGGAAAUCAUGUUUUGAAAUUGUUUAGUGGGCAAUAUUUGUUUUUCAGUGGAAUGUCAUGUGAAAUGGAAUCAAACAAUACAUGAAAUAGCAUUUUACAGCAAAUUUUUUAUGUCAGGUCAAAUUAAAUGUUAGAAAAAAAGAGCAAAUUCUUACCGAAAAUCAUAUUUUUAGCUCACUUCGACAAAGAUUAUCUUAUUCUAUACUCCAGACAUUAGAGUCAGUUUCAGCAUCAGCAUCCACUAUAAAGUUUAAGGAGCAAGUCUAUUCCAAAGUAACUGUAAGCCCUACUUGGACCAAACUUACAUGGAUGUCGCAUCUAGGGAGGCACACUACAAAAACAUUUAUGCGGUGUCAGACUUUGUCGUCUUUGUAGAUAACAUUGAGGUGAGCUUUGUUAUAUUUGAUUGCCUUUGUUAAGUCAGGGAAAAGUUGUAUUUAUUUAUUAAAAAGUUAUAGAUAUGUGUACAUCAUUGAACAGUGAAAAAUCAAGACCCAGUUGGAAUUAUAUUUGGUUAGAAUACAGUUUAUUUUACAUGUAUCAAGUGAAUUCCAACACUUAUCUACAAAAUGGACAGUGUAAAGAUAUGAAGCUUAUAAGAACCUGUGAUCUUUAAGACUGAAGUAUACCUAGUGCUACAAAAUGUCAUUGUUUGAUUAUGUUUGUUCUCUUAUCAAUGUAAAAAAGAAAUAAAUAAAAGAAAUGUCAUUUCAAAAUUGUGUGGCAUACAACUGAUAACAUAUUGCUCUCAGAAUAGUACAAAGUACACAUAUUCAUCCAUUCUGUUAGAUUAACUUCCUUGAUUUUGAAGAAAAAUCAAUACAUAGCCUUGAAAUGAUAAAUUACAUUGUAUUGACAUUCAGUUGUAAAUUGAGUUUAUCUUCUGUACAACUUUUUCUGUCCUAUUAUCAUUUUAAGACAACUAUUCUUUUAUCAGUUCAGAUAUUUGUAUGUUCAAUGGCAAGUACUUUGUAGAGAAGUAUAUGUUUUAAUUCAGUUGUUAUAAAUUCUGCUUAAAAAGAGCAUGAAAUAAAAUGUUGAUAUAUGAACACAA